AUGCAGAAUCAGGAACCAAAAAAUCGUAGGGAGGUACAAGUUCUUACCGAUCGGAUUGCAGCCCUCAGCCGGUUUAUAUCCCGAUUAUCGGAUAAGUGUAAAUCAUUCUUCGAUGCCAUAAGAUCUAAGAAUAAAGAUAUAUGGGGACCUCCACAGCAGGAGGCCCUCAAUCAGUUGAAAGGUUAUAUGGCCAAACCACCAAUUCUAUCCGCUCCAAAACCCGGGGAGGUUCUUAUUAUGUAUUUAGCAAUUUCUAGCAUAGCAACAAGUGCAGCAUUGAUUGGAAAGGAAGGAAAGAGGCAACAUCCAAUCUUCUACAUAAGUAAGAUAAUGACAGAUGCGGAGACGUGGUAUAGCAAAGCAGAGAAAAUCAUUCUAGCCUUGGUUUAUGCCAAAAGGAAGCUUCGGCAUUAUUUUGAAUCCCAUAGCAUUAUGGUACUCACCAACUAUCCUAUACGAGGUAUACUCUCUAAGCCAGAUCUAUCUGGGAGAAUUACCAAAUGGGCUAUCGAGCUUAGUUCCUUCGAUAUAACUUAUGAGCCGAAAGUGUCGCACAAGGGACAAGCCGUAGUAGACUUUCUUUUAGAAUAUGAAGACACUCCUGAAGAGCCAGAACCCCCUAAACCACAGUGGGAGCUUCGGGUCGAUGGCUCCUUGAAUCAAACAAGUGCAGGAGUUGGGGUUGUUAUGUCAACACCCAAAGGCACCAAGUUGCAGCAGUCCAUUUGCUUAAAUUUCUCUGCUACGAACAAUGAGGCUGAAUAUGAGGCAUUACUUGCUGGUCUUCGAUUGGCCAGCAGCCUCCAGGUACCUCGUGUUGAGAAUGCCGAAGUAAAUCAAUUGGUUACAGCAGCGUCAUCCUCAAAUGAAGAUCUGACUUGGAUUAUGCCAAUUGACAUCUUAGACGAACCCAGCAACCCUCAGCAAGAAGUAAUGGUGAUUCCAGUUAUUCCGCGAGAGCCAUGCUGGAUUGAUCCAUUGGAAGCCUACCUCAAGCAUGGAACUCUUCUAAACCAGAAAACUAAGGUACGGAAGCUCCGACUCACUGCAGCUAAAUAUGCCAUCAUUAACAGCCAGUUGUACCGGAAGUCAUUUUCAGGUCCUUACCUGAAAUGUUUAAGCUCUACUGAGGCUCUUGUGGUAUUGAAACAAAUCUAUGAUGGAGAUUGCAGCAACCACUAUGGGGGUAGAUCCCUUACACAUAACGUUCUAACUCAAGGAUACUUCUGGCCGUACUUGGCCCGGAAUGCUGAAGAGUAUGCUCAGAGAUGUGACAAGUGUCAGCACCACGAUCCAAUGAAGCAUCAACCUACCAAAGAUUUGCAUGCAAUGGCAAAUCCAUGGCUGUUCGCACAAUGGGGGAUUGAUAUGGUGGCCCUUUACCCAAGACCGUGGAACAAAAGGAGUACGUACUACUGGCUACAGAUUAUUUUACUAAAUGGGUAA